UGGCGAUUCUUGAUCUGGUUCAGCAUGGAUGGGCAAACUGCCCAUUGGUAUAAGAUCAUCAUUACUUUAAUGGCGAACCCCACAUAAUGAACGGCGGGGCUAGAUCAGGUGGAGCAAAUCCAAUAUUUGAUAGGAACUCAAGGGAAGGCAGUAUUAUCGGGACUCCUGACUUCCUCCUGACGCGUGGUGUUGUGCGACCGGCCGUCCCCUAAUUGGUUCAGCCAGAAGAUCAACACCGUGUGGCGGAUUCCUACCAGCCUGUGACGUGAAGGUGACGGCUGGAUCGUACCACUCCAGGAGAAAAGGGGUGGCGUGUUCAGAAGCAAGUCAUAUUGAUGACCUGGCACUCGGUACACUGGGGCGGGCUAUAAGCUCCACUCCAGGGCGGGUGUUGGAGAGAACUGGCGGCAGCAGGAGCCUGCUAAAUCCGGAACUGUACUCCGUGGAAACCCCGCGGUCUGUAGAGACGUGAUAACUGACGGGUCGUUCCACCAUGGCCGUGAGGAAAGCCCCGAGUCUGAUGUGCACGUACCUGCUGCUGCUCCACCUGUGGUACGGGCUUCAAGGUGCAGAUACGUCCAAAGCGGAGGAGAAGCUGUUCCGGGACCUUUUCCGGAACUACAACAAGUGGAUCCGGCCGGUGAUGAACGUCAGUGACAACGUCACUGUCACGUUUGGCGUGUCCAUAUCCCAGCUGAUAGACGUGGACGAGAAGAACCAGAUCAUGACGACAAACGUCUGGCUCAGGCAGGAGUGGAACGAUCACAAGCUGCAGUGGAACCCUGAAGACUAUGACGGGGUGACAGUUCUCCGGGUCCCUUCCACCGAUCUCUGGCUACCGGACAUCGUUCUAUACAACAAUGCUGACGGCCAGUUCCAGGUGAAACAACAGACCAAGGCAGAGGUCCAGUUCGACGGCAUGGUGUUAUGGGUCCCUCCCGCCAUCUACAAGAGCGCAUGCGCCAUCGACGUGCGCUACUUCCCGUUCGACAAGCAGAACUGUAGUAUGAAGUUUGGGUCCUGGACGUACGACGGAGCGCAGAUCGACAUGAAGUUCGGUGCGAUGACGUAUGACGGCGCGAACCAGAGCUUGGAGCACCAGAUGGAGAGAGAGGAGUGGAGUAACGGGGAGUGGGUGCUGGAGGACGCGCCCGGAGCAAGGAACGUUGUGAAGUACGAGUGCUGUCCGGAGAAAUACAUCGAUAUCACCUACCAUCUCAUCAUCCGCCGCCUGCCGCUCUUCUACACCAUCAACCUCAUCAUCCCGUGCCUUCUCAUCUCCUUCCUCACGGUCCUCGUCUUCUACCUACCUUCCGACUGCGGGGAGAAGAUGACGCUCUGCAUCUCCGUGCUGCUGUCUCUUACCGUGUUCCUGCUGGUCAUCAAUGACAUCAUCCCAUCAACCUCUCUGGUGGUGCCGCUGAUCGGGGAGUAUCUGCUCUUCACCAUGAUUUUUGUGACUUUGUCCAUCACCUUGACGGUCUUCGUGCUCAACAUUCACCACAGGUCACCUAACACUCACAACAUGCCUGUCUGGGUCAGGAAAAUCUUCAUUCAGACCUUGCCCAAACUGCUGUGGAUGGAGAGACACGAGGUCCAAGUAUCGGCCUUUGAUCCCCUGGACAUCUUCCGAGAGAUCAUACAGCAGGAGAUCAGAGAGCAGGAGCUGCGCGAGGUCAGACCGUGCCUGCACAAGGUUCCCCCCGGGAUCGCCGGUUUGAAACCUCGGCCGAAGAGCAUGGACCUGGAGGCCGCGCUUGCCCAGAGGAAGGGCACCCUGGCCAUUUCCCGCCAGCGCUAUCUGGACGAUCCCAUUCUCCCCGAGGUGAAGGAGGCAGCAGACGGAGUUAUCUACAUCGCAAAACACCUGAGAGACAGGGAACGGAAUCAAAAUAUUGAAAAGGACUGGAAAUAUGUUGCCAUGGUUAUCGACCGAAUCUUUCUGUGGACGUUCAUCAUUGUUUGCGUCGGCGGUACCUGCGGGUUGUUCCUACGGCCAUUCUGAACAUCGUGUACUGACGUCAGCCACAGGGAGACCUGUGGAUUUUCCUACGACUUCUGACUAUCGUAGCACUUCAGUCAGUCAGUACAGUACUGUGGGUAGGGUGAUGUAGCGUACUUGCAAAACGUUUCUUCAACACAGUGAUAGUGUGUAAAUAGGAGGACCAGUUUGGACACGGUGUGUUAACUGUGCUCUACAUUAUUUUUAUAUAACGUUAAUUCUAGUCAAAAGUAGAGUGAAAUUUAACUUCUAUGAUAUAGAAUCAUGUUGAUAAAAAUUGGCAUCAACCCACCUGCAUCUAAGGACGUCGUUCCCGUGGACGCCUUCACGCCGUGACGUCAAUGCUGGUCUUCACCGUGGGGCAGGGGACACAUCAUGACGUCAGCUUCUCGACUUACACCAUAAUCAAACAAUGCAAAUUACUAGUCUGGUUUUGAUAGAAAGCUAAUACAUGAGUACUAGUACCCGAUACGGCUAUAUGUAUCGCAUAAGGAUAGCAGUACGGAUUGGCACAGGCGUUCUGGAUACGGUUCCAUAACGAUAGGGAUAAUUACUGAGCAAAUGACAGCCAAAUAAUCCGUGCACGCAAUAACUUCUCAAUUGCGUUAAAAGACAAAGUAGCACAGACUUCGUCUUUACAUGUCUGUGAUUCUCAACAUGGAUUUAUGUUAAUAUUAAUGAUCUAUGUUGAUGAAUAUUCGCAUCUCAGUGCCAAUACGGAUGAAAAACGCAAAGAUAGACAGAAUGGAUAAAUCAAAUUUUAAAGGGUAAAUUGAUAUAUCAAUUUCUAAUUUCUAACCUCCAACUCCAACAAAGGCCGUUAUUUGCUGGCCUGUCGCAGAAUUCAAAGUAGGCCAUGUUUGUAACGUAAAGGAAUUCUGUUACUAGUAUGUCAUUCCGGUUUUACCUAAGUCUAGUUCUAAGAUUCUCUGGUUCAAAUACGUAAUAAGCAAGGAUCAAAAGCAAGUCCUUAUGCGUUCCGUACUGACAUUUUUUUUGGCUUAGGUAAACUUUGCGUCCGAAGAAUCGCUUUAUUUGUUCGAUAACCGAGCUGCACAACAGUGGGUCAAGAUAAAAACGACUUCCUUGGCUGCAAAUUUUACCUAAGGCAAUGUCAAUACUUAACUCGUACGGAGUUGAUAUACGCAUAAGUGACACCUCCUUAAAUCGCCCGUUAUUUUAUAUACCUUUGGUGUUUUAAGCAUAUCCUGUAUCUACCCCAAUAAAGUAUUAAGUCAUCCUUCUCCUGUUUGUUCUACGGGUUAAAAGAAAUAAACACAAGACGAUGGAUAUACAUGUGUCAAUUAUUUCGCAUCGAAGAACUAUAGUUUACUCCUUUUUGAAUGAAAGGAUCUUUCCAACUGUGAAAAUAAAUACAAAAUUGAAUAUGUAAA